UUUGCUGUACACUACCUAGGUAAAUUUGUCUUGAUUAUUGUCGUGCUGUCUAAUCGAAAGUAACAAAAUCGAUAACAAGUCCCUUGUACUUUAUAGUACUAAACAAAACAGCCCAUAGCCAUUUGCCCAUAGCUACCAAAAAAAAAGUUGUUUUGUUUAUCGAGCACUAGUAGUAGCAACACCUUUGGGAGCUUCCUUUUGAAAACAAGUAAAAUGCGACCAAUGACCAGGAGAAGAAGAAAAACAUUAUGCGGCAUAGAAAGUUUAGAUAAUUGCAAAACAUUUUCUGAAGAGUGUAAAAAUGCAAAUGAUGUCAAAUCAUGUAAUAUUCCCAUUGACAAAGAAGACACGAAGUGGUCUCGAGUAGGUGAAGAGGAAAUGACCACUAACUUAUCUAACGGGAGAAUGGAACUGAUCUCUGAACAAGUCGCAGCAAAAGAAAAUAUGAAUAAGAAACCUCGAGGCGGGGCAAAGAUAUAUGAAGUGAAUUUGACUUUAUUUGAACAUUUGACCAAAAUAGAUGAAAUUCAAAAACCGUCAGCAAGAGGGCGGCCGCUGGGAUCAAAAAACAAAUGUCAUACCGGUGACAAGGACGAACAAAGAUCCUUUAAUGCUUUCCCUGCAGCAAAUGAGCUUGAACUAAUGAAACCAAUGACAAGGCAAAGAAGAAAAACCAUAUGUGGCAUUGAAAGUUUAGAUAAUUGUAAUAUAAAUUCUGGAGAGAGCAUAAAUACAGCUUGUGUUGAUCCACCAUGUAUUCACAAUGACGAUAAUGAAAGGAUGAGGCCUGUAAGGGGGCGGCAGCCGAUAUCAAAACAUCAAUCGGAAUCCAAUAGCAAGGACGAACAUGAGCUUGAACUAAUAAAACCUAUGACUAGGCAAAGAAGAAAAACCAUAUGUGGCAUAGAAAGUUUAGGUAAAUUUUACAUAAAUUCUGCAGAGAGCAUAAAUUCUGCUGAUGCUGGGCCAUGUAACUUUCAUAUUGAUAAUAAUGCAAGAAAAAGACCUCGAGUAAGUGAAGAAGAUAUACGCAAUCCUUUGAAAAGGAAAAGAGGUAGGCCAAAAAAAUCUGAUGAUUCUCAAAACAAUAUAAUUGAUUCCAAGAAUGAAAACACUGCAGAUAAAGAUUGUGGAAUAAUUGAAAAUCCAGGUGAACAUAAUAUAAAAGCCAAAAUCACUACCAAUGUUCCUGUCUUGAAGAAAAGAGCAGCUUCACUAAAAACAAGGCCAAACAUAUUCUCAGAAGUAGUAGAUAAAGACCAUUUUUUAGCACAGAAGCAGAAGCAAAAGGGUCGGCCCAGAAAGACUCCAAUAUUACAAAAUAUAGCGGCGACUAGUAAGAAAAGACCAAGAGGUAGGCCAAAAAAGUCUGAAGCUUAUAUCGACAAUACCUACAAAAUCUCGCCUUCCAUUCGAAAUACUACAGAAAAUCAAGCUCAACACAAUUCACCAGAUGGUAUUGAAGAUCCCCUACAAAACAUCAAAAAUCAUGAAAUUCAACAUAUUGAUGGAGACAUUCAAAACAAUGUCGAAAACCUAGUCCUAACGAGUAAAAGAGGUCGUCCCCUUAGACGACCAAAAAGUUCUUCCCAAAAGGUAGAAACACCAAAAAAUAAUAAUGAUAAACAUAGACCCAAGGCAAAAAUAACCAAUUUAGCCAUCCGACAAAUACCAAGGGAACGCCUUGAGAAUACGUUAACGCUGCUAAAUGAAAUGGAUCAUCAAAUGUGGGAGGAAAGAAACACCUCAUGCCUUCCGUCAAUUCAUCGUUACGGGCAUUUUAUCCGACUACACAAUGCUGACAUGGCAUUAAAGUUAAAAUGUGCCCGGCAAUUUUUAUUGCGCAGGGAUUUUACAAAUUUAGCUAAAAUUUUGUGUUUGUCAUCGAAGGUGAACACUUUAGGUAAAGCAACCUACUAUCCGGCAUUAGCAAAGUAUGGUGCAAUGUGUUUAGCACAAACAGACCAGGAACAAUUCAAUUCAUUUAUGUAUAUGCUGCUUAAUGUAGAUGAUGGAGCUAGUGUUUUGAAAAGAUGUACUCAAUUUAGCCCAAAACAAAAUGAAGUAAUUUGAAUAAAGAGAAGGUUUUUUAUUUAUAAAGUGAA